CACUGCACAAACGAGCUCGACCAUGACGUAGUCCACAUGCCAUGUUAACGCCGAUACACUAUGUUUAAUGACUUGUCGAGGUUAUUUGAUCGACUUUCGCGAGAAAGUUUUAAGAGCAGUUUUCGCCACUAAAAACAUGGGUGUGAGCACUAGUUUGGUUUUCGACAAGACAUAUCCAUCCGCUCCUACUUGAGCGUCAAGAGCAUCAACGAAAGCACCCGGAUGGACUGUCAUGGCCGCCGUCGCUGUGGUUCCAAACAGAGCUGAAAAGGACGGCAAAUAUUGCCGCUGUGUGUUUUUUCCCGGCGUCGCCGUAUUUUAUUAUGUUCCGUGUCGACGGGACCGAGCCUGAAGUUCCAUCAAGUUAAUAGUACUCGGGCUGUACCAACUCCUUGUCUUCAGAAAUUCUCACAGUGCUGUUUGUCACCCCCUGCUCACCUAAGGUUGUAUUCACAGCUAUGGAUGAAGACUAUAAAAUACCUCCCCAUUCUGCCAUGAAUUACAGUGUGUCAUGUGCAGAGGAUGUAAAAGACUCUCCGCCUUUCAAAGAAAGAGCACGCCGUAGUCACGGCAACCAAGGCGCAUCACCUGUUAAGCAACAUGGCUCCACCACGAAGAGAGCCAGUUUUAAAAUUCAACAAGGGGCCGUUUUCUCUGGAAACAUCCUGAGCUUUGGCUGCUCUGUGUGUAAGGACGAUUCGACGUACAGUCCCAAUGAUCUCCUGAAACAUUUCCGAGGGGCCCACAAAGGGAUUUUGCCCACCUACCCUUGUGAUUUGUGUGGCUUUUUCACAAAUGAAUUUACAGCUCUUCAACGUCACCGGAUCGAGCACAAAAAUACUUUGGUCACCUGCGAGCUCUGCCGCGAUGGGAUUCAAUAUUCCCUGCUUUUGCUGACGAGACACUACAUCAUGUGUCACAGUCGUAAUGGAAAGUUUCACUGCGACUGGUGCGAGUUUACGACGGUGGACGCCGGGACGUUUGUCCAACACAUUCAUCAUCAUAACGAGAGUCCCUGGAAAUGUUCCAGAUGUCGCCACGUCAGUUUGAACGAAGCGGAUCAUCAAAAGCAUCUCAAGGCGCACGCCAUUGUGUUGCCUUUCAUUUGUCAAAUCUGCAAAUACUGCGCAACCACCAGCAGUCAGCUGAAAAAACACACGGUCGCCGCUCACAAGAGCGACAAGCCUCCGUGCGACCAACAAGUCCAUCCAAACGUACGGAAGACGUUGGAAAAUGGAGCGGCUCCAAGAAAUUCCUCUCCGGCGGUCCAAAAUCUAGUGACAAAUGUUUCCGAGCUGCACGAAAGACAAAAGUUACCCAAAGUAUUUGGUAUAUCAGGGAUCUUACCAAACCAAAAUGGAAGAAUGAAAUCGGAGAUGUGUUCGGAGGAAGUCCAGCAAACUCUUGACGGGACCCCGUCCAAAAAGGACCACGCGAAUCGGAACUCUUUGACCGCGGAACAAUCCUCACCGGUGAUGUUGCUGCACAACGACAGUUGUGGCUCGCCAACUAAUCCUAAUGCACUGAAAGUUCUCAUGGUCAAAAAUAAAAUCUCUCUGCCCCCAAACUGUACGACCAAAGUCAUGGGAUUUAAGAUGGUGGACGGGAAAAAACAUCUCGUUCUCAAAGUCAUACCGGUAGCACAGCAAAACGUGUGCCCCAGUGACAGUUCAUCAGGAGAAGAUUUGGACUCUCCGGGUACCAGGUCUUCAUUUUUUAAAAGUGACGUCCCUGUCGAAAACGGGGACUCAACUCCUAGCAAGAGCUCCGUAUCACAUUCCUUUGCCGCUCCGCCGGGAAGUGGAUCUUGCAUCCAAGCGGAGGAUAUCGUGGCAGUGAAAAUCAAGAUUGAAGAGGAAGAAACAUCGGUUUGCAGUCUCGAGUCUCCUCAUCGUAGUGACGAUUUUGUGGUGGGAGGUAGUCAUUCUGUAAACGGGUUUUCAACUUCGGAGGCGGACCCGCUGACAAAUUCUCUCGAUCCGAUGGGCAGGCAAAAUUCCCCAAGUCAGACUGCCUGCUCGGAAAUGAAUCACUUUGCUAGCAAGUCCGACGCGGAAAAAUGUGAAAGCGUUUCAAAAAUCGGAACUCAAGUGUCUUAUUUUGCGACUGACACGUUAACUGAUAAUCCCUUAAAUGUUUCUCUGGAGGCAACCUGCAAAAAUACGGUUGACAAUUGUGGAGCAGUAGAUGAGAUGAUUAGUUUCACCAGAAAAGGAAACAAUUUGGACGAGCCUCAAGAGACUCCUUUUCGUAACUCGAUUGAAAAUGCUUACCGAUUUUCCCCAAGCCCUUCAGAAAGUCCAGAGAGCCCAAGCAUUGAAAUUCGACCCUUGAACGAUUACCGUCAUUGUCAUAAACAUUUGCCAAAUUUGGAUCCCGCGGCAGAGACGACCUCAUCUGCUUCAUUCGGAGAAAACGCCACGACCGCACAAAAUUCUUUAAACCACAAAGUCUUCGCUUUUCACAAUUAUUCCAAGGAAGCCUUUUCUAUGUCGCCUCGAACAUGUAAACAAAGUGAUGGAAUACCCGAAUUUUCAGCAGGCGCAGAAACGAAUAGCAUCCCGUCUCAUUUUCGUCUCACAUUAGCCGAGUCUUCAGAACCUUUCGAGGACAGUGACUGUACUGAUACGGAUGAUGAAAACCCAGAGUCAGUGCUGAAAGAUUUUAAUAUUAUCAAAAUCGAGGAGGACCUCAUUCCCAUAUGGAAAAGUCCAUCGGAGAAAAAAAGUACAUCAUCAGAUUUGGGGAGUUUUGUAGAACAGCACUCAGAUGAAAUCAUUACACAGCAACUCCAAAAGGAAAGAACCGAAUCUUUUUAUUCAAACGUUGAAUAUUUGAAAGCAACAAAGAUGACCGCACAUCAUCUUCAAGUGCAAGAUGAAACGCGGCAGUUAGUCUUGAAGACUAAUGAGAAAACGUCUGCCAUGUCGACGCAGGCUAAACCCGCGCCGAGUUUUAAGCUAAUUACCAAUUGCGCAAAUCCUCAAAUCAAUGUCUCGUACAUGAAGUCCGGGUUUGAAACCUCUAGCGAUCCUACUGGCGAAACCGUUCCUCUAAAAGAUAAAAAUAUCGGAAAAUCCGAGGCAGCGACUGAUGAUAAAAUCUCAAAUGUUUUUUCUUCUCUUCCAAGUGGUUUUGGUGCCUCGCCACACCAUUUCCUUAUCAAUAGCCCAAACCUAAACGGUCCCGUCCUCCUUUCUAGCGCAUCGGGUAAUAAUUCUCCAGACAAAGUCGCUAAAACCCAGCCCAAGUGCUACUUGUUGCCCAGGUCAAUUCCAUUUGUUCAAACGCCGAGCAGCGCCGGCCUCAAGCUAGCAAGCGCAAAACUCCCACUAAACGCCAGGCCUGUUCUGGCCGUGCCGGUGAGCUCCGCUGACAAACAGAGCACUUUGCAGACCGGUCGUCAAACGUUUUUGCUGCGCUACAUUUCACCAACCAAAUCGAGUGUGCUUCUCAAUAAUCUCGUCAUCAAACCCGCCGCGCAGUCCUUGGACGGCAGGGAAAAAAGAGGAAACAAAGUCGUAUUUAAAAUUGUCAGCCCUACGACGGGUCUGCUUAAAAACGGCGCGCCCUCCUCGAGUUGUCAACCGUUACUUUUGGCCACCUCACCUCCAACUCAGUGUUUUCUGAUGUCGUCAAGCAAAACAAAUGCGCACCCGUCCAACAACCUGAAGAUCACGACCAGGCGGAAUCCAGCACAAAGCGCCGUCGGAGACGCAACACCUCAUUUGAAACCAAAGAUCAAACUCAGCGAAGCAGAUAAGCCUCGACUCGCCCCGAGGCCGAUCCGACCUCCGAGUCGAAGAAAACUACGCAGGAAAGUAUUGUUUGACGAGCUUCCGACCGUGACGCACAAACCCAGAAGGCUCGCAAACAAAGUACAGACUGAAAAAGACACGACUGUGUUUUGGAGUCCCACAGCGAAAAAAGUUGAAAGAACUUUGAGACUGGCCCCACACAAUUGUCUCCAGCAAAUUAAAUGCCCCCGUCGAUACCAACCCGUCGUGGUGCUCAAUCAUCCAGAUGCUGAUAUUCCCGAAGUGGCCAAUAUCAUGAAGGUCAUCAAUCGGCACAGAGGCGCCGUCGCCAAGGUGUCACUGUCGCAGAAAACGGUGGAAGCGCUCGCUGAGCUCGGCACGCUAAGAGGCGGGCUCUUGACUGAAGGCGUACUGCUGCAAAGCAACGAACCGAGCCCGCGAGCUGUUCACAGUUCCGUCCGAGAGCGGUUCCUUCUCAAACUGAAGCUUCGGAAAAAGACCAAAAAAAAGUACGAAGUCGUGGAACCGCUAUCGGGCAGUCGACCCAAGACUGUGGUGUUUGACUGCUGGUUCUGUGGUCGGGUUUUUCACAGCCAAGAACAUUGGGUCGGCCACGGCCAGCGACAUCUCAUGGAGGCAACUCGAGACUGGAAUAAGCUUUUGUAAAAGUUUUCCGUUACCUUUUUGUGUGUGGGUAAACAGUCCUAUGAGAGGAAAUCAAAGGGUAAACAGCUGUACAUUUAUUUUUUUUAAAUCACCUUUCACUCCGUUUCAUUUUCCUCUUUGUGAAUACAUUUUUUUAUUUUGUAAUGGAUAUUUUAUUGGUGCUUUUUCUGGAAAAUUAAAUUGAGCUCGCAUGAGUUUAAGUCAUGCACAGGUCUAUGAAAUGUGAAUGUUGUACACUGUAAUUCAUGAAGAUGUGGUAAAAGAAGCACUGACUUACAAAAA